GUGGGCGUGGUUACAGCACACAUUUUGAGCACAAUGUGGUUGCUGCACAGGGUGCUGCUGUUUGCUGCACUCGGGACGCGAGGUCUGAGCAGAACCAUGUGUGCGGAGGCAAGUGACUGGAAAAGCGCCAAGAGUAUUUACGAAUUCUCUGCCAGAGACAUAGACGGGAACGAGGUGUCUCUGGAGAAGUACAGAGGCUUUGUAUGCAUCAUCACGAACAUAGCCUCUAAAUGAGGCAAGACUCCAGUAAACUACACUCAGCUUGCUGCCAUGCACACCAAGUACGCUGAGCAGGGUUUACGCAUCUUGGGCUUCCCAUGUAACCAGUUUGGAAAGCAGGAGCCUGGUACCGAAGCAGAUAUUAAGGAGUUUGCGAAAGGUUACGAUGCAGAAUUUGACCUCUUCAGUAAGAUAGAUGUGAACGGAGACAACGCUCAUCCUCUCUGGAAGUGGAUGAAAGAUCAGCCAAAUGGAAAAGGCACUCUGGGAAACAACAUCAAGUGGAAUUUUACCAAGUUCCUCAUUAACAGAGAGGGGCAGGUUGUGAAGAGAUAUGGACCAAUGGAUGACCCAGUUGUUGUUGAAAAGGAUCUGCCUAAAUACUUGUAACCUGUCUGGAUAAUCUCCGUCUUCAUCUCCACUCACUGACUGCCUGCGCUCUGUAGCCCGCUGGGUAUUUCCAGGUCUUUUCCCAAACUAAUGACGGCCUUUCUGUAAACCUGCUUGCGGGUAGGACUGGCCUGAUGACCCCCUCCCCGGUGUGCAAAACCUCUCCCGGGAAGCCUGUAUAUACCCAGCUGUUCCUGCAGAGCGAAGACUCGCUUAAUCCAACCUUGCAAUGACAUUCACCACGUAUUGACGUAACAAUAAUAGUGUUAAUCAUUAGAAGGAUGAUGAGUAAUAAAACAUAAAUUUGC